AGAACACAACGCCUGUGUUGUGCAGUUGUACAGUCGUACACUACCAGUCCACUCCAAUUUGAAAAGUCUCUGGAAUUUCCUAUUUCAUCUCCCACACCAACACUACUCCCCUCCAGUUUGGAAAGUCUUUGCAAUUUCCAAAUCUAAGGACCAAAAUAAAAACCCUAGCUUUCCUCCAUUCGCUAUCAGAUCAUCAUGCAGUUCCAGUUCAGAGCAGGCGACAAAGGAGCCUCAUCCUACGUCCCUCCAUCUCCAUCCGCUCCGCACUACACUACUCAAUCCUUCAUUGGUAACUUGUGGAGCGCCACGGAAGACAUGGGAUCGGAACGUAGGGUCAGGAAGGAGCUUCUUGCGGCGCAAGCGACCAUGCGCCAUGAUAUUGAGGCUGAAUUGAGGAGGGAGUUGAUGAUCGAGAGAGAGUUGGCAAUUAUAAGAGGCGGUGCUGGAUUUUCCUUGUUGUUCGAACAACCGAUCACGACUUUGCUUCAGCGAUGGGGUUUUGAGGAGGGAUUGAAGGUGAUGACUCGGGUGCUUCAUCAUGUGCUGCUUCCAGGAUUCAAGGACUCUGAGAUUUUGGCUUUCAUGAGUGGAUUAGAAGGUGGCGUCCAUGGAAACUCGACAGUUACUAAACCGCUGCCGAAUGACGGUGUGCCACCAAUGGCCAUGCCUGUUGGGAUAAAGAGGAAGGCAGAAGUAGCCGGUGGUGAUCAGGCAUCUUCAUCUAGCAAAAAGAAGAAAACAGAAAAUAAAUGGACCUGCCCACUCUGUCAAGUGAGUGCUACUUGUGAACGAGGUUUGCAAGAUCACUUCCGGGGAAAGAAGCAUGAGGCCAAGGAGGCAUCACUUAAAAAAAGUGAAGAAAUGAGCCAAAAGAUUUGCAGACCUGAUCCAUUUCCCGAUGGAGAUGAGGGCAAAUCACAGGUGAGAGAAAAGCAGAAGGAUAAAAAAUUUUGGUGCCCAAUUUGUGAGAUUAGCACCAACAACCAGGCGUUGAUGGAAAUGCAUUGGAAUGGAAAGAAGCACAUGGCAAAACUCAGGAAAAAAUCUGGAACUCUCAGGGCCAUAUCCUCGCCUGAUGAUGCCCAAGACAUUGGAAAAACAACAGCCACAGGGGAAGAUGCUUCACCAAGUAAUGCUGAAAGGACAGAGGAAAUAGAAGCCCAAGAGGAUAUGUGCAAAGGAGACAAGUUGCUACCGAACAUAAGGCAGACAAAUCUAAAAUUCUGGUGCCAAACCUGUAAGAUUGGAACCACUAGUGAAGACUUGAUGAAAAAGCAUCAAAAUGGAAAGAAGCACGUGGCGAAACUCAAGAAAAAUUCUGGAACUCUCAUGGCCAUAUCCUCCUUGCCUGAUGAUGCCCAAGAAGUUGGAGAAACAACAGCCACAGAGGAGGCUGCUUCACCAAGCAAUGCUGAAGGGAAUGAGGAAAUAGAAGCCCAAGAGGAUAUGACCGAAGAACAAGACAAGUUGCUAGUGAACAAAAAGCAGACAAAUCUAAAAUUCUGGUGUGAAACCUGUAAGAUUGGAACCACCAGUGAAGACUUAAUGAAAGAACAUCAGAAUGGAAAGAAGCACAUGACCCUGCUAAGGAAAAAUGGUGGAGCUCUCAUCACCAUAUCCAUCUUACCAGAUAAUGUUGAAAAUGAUGGAGAAACAACAACCAAGAAGAAAAUGAAUGAUUCAACGGCCAAUGCAGACAAAAACAAGGAAACAGAAGUAGAUGAUGAAAUUAAAAUGGAAGCAGGAUGGCAACAAUGAAAACUGCUCUGUAGAAUGGGGUAAACAACAUCAGCUUACUGGAUUAUUCAAGUAGGGGCAAGAGCACUGGAUUGUAAAUUAUAACUGCUUCCUCAGGUAUCUCUCCUUUGGACCAUUAGGUAGGUAAAAAGAUGCAAGAAAUUUAUUAGUAUUCUCUUCUAGUGAUAGGCUCAAAGUAACAAUUUUUCCAUAUUUGACUGAACAUUACUCUCAAAUCAACUCUUUCCAUUCUAUUAGCUCA